UUUUAUUUUCUUUUUCUUUUUCUCUUUUAUUACUCCUAGUGAUCCCCGCGGCCGGCCAAGUCUCAACGAUAUUAUAAUUGCGAUCGAUUAUAAAGCUCCCUUCUUUUCUGCUCCCAACCACAGCCUCCGGUCGGGUGAGAGAGAGAAGAAGAUGUUGGCCCUGGUCCUGGGCGCCCUCUUCUUCGCCGUGACCGCAGCUCUCCUCCUUAAAUUCGCCACCGCCGAUGGCGAUUUCACUCUGGUAUCAAGAGGGCCGGCAAAACGAGAAGAAGUGGAGGGCAAGGUUGUUUGGAUUACGGGUGCAAGCCGUGGAAUUGGGGAGAUUCUUGCAAGGCAAUUUGCAAGUUUAGGAGCAAAGGUUAUACUUUCUGCUCGCAAUACUGUGGAACUUGAACGGGUCCAAAAUGAACUUAUCAGUAAAUAUUCACCUAGUAGAGUUGAAGUUUUGCCUUUGGAUUUGUCAUCUGGUGAAGAGUCGCUCAAAGAAGCAGUACAGAAGGCAGAAUCGUUAUUUUCUGGUGCUGGUGUAGAUUAUAUGGUUCACAAUGCAGCCUUUGAACGCCCUAAGAGAAAAGCUAUUGAAGAAACUGAGAAAGGUCUUCAGACCACUUUUAAUGUAAAUGUCUUGGGAACAAUAACUCUUACUCGCCUUCUUGCACCUUGUAUGUUGAAAAGAGGGAGAGGCCAUUUUAUCGUGAUGAGCAGUGCAGCUGGAAAGUGUCCUGCACCAGGUCAGGCCAUCUACUCUGCUUCCAAGCAUGCUCUAAAUGGAUAUUUUCAUACUUUGCGUUCUGAGCUAUGUCAGAAGGGCAUUAAGGUCACCAUUGUUUGUCCUGGACCCAUAGAAACAUCAAAAGUUUCUGGAGAAAGCUCAUCUGGCCAAAGUGGUUCUUCUGAGAAGCGUGUGUCAUCAGAAAGAUGUGCUGAGCUAACAAUUGUUGCAGCAACUCAUGGGCUAAAAGAGGCUUGGAUAUCGUAUCAGCCCGUACUGCUAGUUAUGUACUUGAUACAGUACAUGCCAACCAUUGGUUACUGGUUCAUGGAUAAGAUUGGUGCAAAUCGGCUGGAUGCUGCGGAACGGAAGGGCAACACUUACAGUUGGAAGUUGUUCUUUGGUCGAAAGAAGAAAUCAGCAUGAUUGCUUGUUGCAUUUUUUGGCAAGCUGACGUGAGGCACGGUCCGGUGAAUACUCUGCAUCUGAUCAUCUUUUACUUCUGGCUGUGCUUUCUUCUUGCUUCUGUUCUUAAGCUAAACAAUCUGCCCCCAUGAAAUGUGAACGUUAAUUUUGUAAGGGUCCAAAUCACAGCUUUUGUUUUACACAUUCAUCAUUAAAAGCUCCAUGAAUCAUGUAGACCUCGUUGUGUAAUUAUACCAAGAGAUUUGCAAAUCCCGGCCUCAAAGUUUAUCAAUUUUUCUAUGGCCA